CACCCACUCCCAUUGCCAAGAAGACUUAACAGGAAGAAGUGUUUGCUCAGGGAUGCUGCUAAGAUAGAAACACUGUGUGAAGAAGGAAGGACGGUGCUUGAACAGAAGGAGCAUAUUCUCUGAAGGUGCCUCUCCCCACCACACCAAGCAUAAGACCCCAUCUGCAAACUAAGCCAACCUUCCCAAGAGAGAGCAGGCCUUCUCAUCUCCUUCAUCAUGAAUUGGCAUAUGAUAAUCUCUGGGCUUAUCAUAGUGGUGCUUAAAAUGGUUGGAAUGACCUUUUUCCUGCUUUAUUUCCCACAGAUUUUUGGCGGAAGUAAUGUCAGCUUCCUUCCCACAGAGAGCUAUGGAACAGUCCCACUGACUUUCGGGAGCAGUAAUGUCACCCUACUUCCUACACAGAGCUAUGGAACAGUCUGCCCCAACAGGUGGUAUUUUCAUCAAGGAGAAUGCUUUUGGUUGUCCCCUUUUGAAAUGUCUUGGAACAAAAGCAGGGACUUUUGCAAAACAGAAGGAUCCACUUUGGCCAUUGUCAACACACCAGAGAAACUGAAAUUUCUGCAGGACAUAAUUGGUGCUGAGAAGUAUUUUAUUGGCUUAUACCAGGAUACAGAGAAAACAUGGCAUUGGAUCAACAACUCCCCAUUCAAUGGCAACAUUAUCAAUCAGCAUCAGAACUUCGACUGUGUGACCAUAGGCCUAACAAAUACAUUCGAUGCUGCACCAUGUAACAUCAACUUGCGCUGGAUUUGUGAGAAGCUGGCGAAAUGAUUGCAGUUCUCUGUGGCCUCUGACAAGAAUAACAAUCACACUUGUGGAGAAAGCAAAAAGAAUAUGAUUGGGAUUGGUACAGGAAAUACAGAACAUCAAAUUACUGUGUCCAUCUUCCACGGGUUACUGGCAGAGCUCCCUGACCAAAUCCUUGGGGCUAAUGCUCCAGCCCCUCCACAAAUAUACUUGCAUACACAUAACAGAGACAAACUUCCCAUUCUGAGUCAGCAGUUCCCCCCAACACUCCACUUCCUAUGAGUGUCAUAGCUGUGACUCUUUUUAGAUCUGUACCAGACAUCUAAUCAAUGAUCCCUUUCUCCAUCUCUCUACUAUGAGAGGCCCUUGCCUGUGUUGGAAGUGAUCUUCUGCUUUGGAGGACUGGAUGUCAGUCACCUCCAGGAGACAGGGUCACUUUUAGAUAGACAACUCAGUUGAUAUAGUGAUGAGGUCUGUUUGUAUAGAACUGAGCAUUUCUGACUGAUCGACAGGGUUUAUUUUGGCCUAUUGCCAGGUCUGUUUUAUCCUCAGAGCACAUACCCAGCACCACAGAGAAAGUGCAGACUGAGCAGGCAAAAACAUGAUUUAGAGAGUAGCCAGGGUAGAAGAGGGAUAAACUCAGCUUGUUGACUUCACCUGUGUUCCCAAGAGACCCAUGUUCACAUGCAUCCCACCCCUACCCAAGAUAGGAUAGCAGAGGUCCUCCUCAGUCUGAAUUGAGGUCAGGCCUGGGGAAGGGCUCCUGGAGCCAAGCUUGGCUUAUUCAUGGGAAUGGACAAAGGUCUGGCCAGAGCAGGAAUCUUCCAGAAAACCCCUUUGAAAAUAAUCAGACAGCUAACAUGACCAAGCAAACUGAUCAAUGUUUUUCAACAAAGCCCUGAAGACAUACUCAUGCUUAAAUUUUCCUGGUCUUGAGCUGAAUAUCCAUUUCAGUAGAUAUUUAUUCUUGAUCAUGGUUUUUUCUAGUAUAUUUUAAGAAUUUGUAAUAGUCUCUUGGACCCCAGUGUUCAGAAGAUAUUCCUGCCUGCAGUUUAGAGAGACUGUAUGAGCAGGUACAGCUUAGUGACCCAAAGAUGCCACAGCCUUAUCCAUGUUGGCAUCACACCAACUCAGAGCUGGUCCAGUUGACCAAAGAGUAAAAAUGAGGAGGACUGCUCAAGGAAGCAUGGGGAGUAGGCAAAAAGUAGGCAUAUAGUAGUAGCAAGGGAACACCAGAGACAAAUGGAAAUCAUUUCCAGGAGGAAACAGAGCUCAUUUGGCCACACUGGAAGAAAGGCAAGAAAAGGGUAGAAAAGUCUUGGAGCAUCCUGGCUAUUCUCUGCACUUGCA